GAGCAGCAGUCACUCCUCCUCCAAACACUCCAGCUGAGCAAUAGAUCUCAGGCACAGUCCCUGAUACAGCACCGGACAGAGAGUGCCUUGUGGUUGCCUGCAUCAACGUGACAAACCAAAGAAGACAUGGACACAGAGUAUGCAGUCAAUACAUCCAAUAAUACAGACACUUUAUUGGAUAAAGCACAGGAGGAGACAACGAAUGUAAAUGAGAAAAGUAAACAGGAACAAAUAAUACCAGUUGGUCCGAUCCAAAUUUUCCGAUUUGCAGGCUGGCUGGAUAUUUUCUUAAUGAUCUUUGGAACACUGGGCGCAAUGGGGUGUGGUUCGUGUUUCCCACUUAUGAACGUUGUGUUUGGGGAAAUGGCUAACAGCUUCCUGUGCCACAACUCAUCUCUUCAGAACUCCUCCUUAUGUGCAGAGUUUAAACCAAUAGAAGAACAGAUACAACUAUUCUCACUGUACUACGCAGGACUGGGUUUUGGCGCUUUAGUCUGUGGAUAUCUCCAGGUCUCCUUCUGGGUUUUAACUGCUUCCAGACAGACAAGAAAAAUGAGGAAAGCUUUCUUUCAUUCUGUGCUGUCUCAAGAGAUUGGUUGGUUCGAUGUCACAAAAUCUGGAGAUCUCAACACCCGACUCACCGAAGACAUCAAUAAAAUAAAUAAUGGAAUUGGAGAUAAAGUCGGACAUUUUUUUCAAAAUAGCACAACCUGUUUAUGUGGCAUUUUAAUUGGAUUAAUCAAGGGCUGGAAGCUUGCACUUGUCAUCUUGGCUACUAGUCCCGUUCUAGCAUUGGCAUCAGCAAUGUUUGCGAGGAUAUUGGCCUCCCUAACUACUAAGGAACUCGCAGCGUAUGCAAAAGCAGGUGCAGUGGCCCAAGAAGUACUUUCAUCAAUAAGGACUGUUGUGGCUUUUGGAGGACAGGAGAAAGAAAUAAAAAGAUACACAGAGAACAUGAGAGAGGCCAAAGACAUUGGUAUAAAAAAAGCAGUUGCAUCUCAGUUUUCACUUGGAUUAGUAUAUGGAGCCUUUUAUUCUACUUAUGGACUUGGUUUUUGGUACGGCACAACCUUAGUUUUAGGGGAUGAUGCUUACAGAAUUGGAGAUGUACUAGCGGUAUUCUUCAAUGUGACUAUAAGCAGUUAUUGCAUUGGACAGGCAGCUUCUCAUUUUGAAGCAUUCAGUAUUGCAAGGGGUGCUGCUUACAGUAUCUUUAAGGUUAUCCAAAAGCCGUCCUUCAUUAACAACUUCUCAACUGAAGGCUUUAAACCUGAUAACAUAAAAGGAAAUAUUGAGUUGAAAAAUAUUCACUUUUCCUAUCCUUCAAGGCCAGAUGUUAAGGUUUUGAAUGGGAUUAAUCUGAGCAUAAAAUCUGGGCAGACUGUGGCCUUGGUUGGGCAAAGUGGAUGCGGAAAGAGCACAAUAGUCCAACUCCUACAGAGACUGUAUGAUCCGCAAGAGGGAACGUUGGCUGUGGAUGGCCAUGACAUCAAAUCUCUGAAUGUAAGAUACUACAGAGAGCUAAUAGGAGUGGUCAGCCAGGAACCCGUCUUGUUUGGAACAACAAUUAAACAGAACAUUAAAUAUGGAAGAGAAGAUGUUACGGAUGAAGAAAUUGAAAAGGCUGUGAAGGAAGCGAAUGCCUACGACUUCAUUAUGGCUCUGCCAGAUAAAUAUGAAACUCUUGUUGGAGAAAGAGGGGCACAGCUGAGUGGUGGGCAGAAACAACGUAUAGCAGUUGCCAGGGCCUUGGUGAGAAAUCCAAAAAUUCUUCUUCUGGAUGAAGCCACCUCUGCUUUGGAUACUGGAAGUGAAGCUAUUGUUCAGGCUGCUCUAGAUAAGGCGAGUAAAGGCCGGACCACGAUUGUUGUAGCUCAUCGUCUCAGUACAAUAUGGACAGCCGAUGCUAUAGUCGUGUUUGAAAAUGGUGCUGUGGCUGAACAAGGAACUCAUUCUGAGCUGAUGGAGAAAAGGGGUAUAUACUUCUCUCUUGCAACAGCACAGACUGUACAGCUUUCCGAAGAUAAAGAGAUUACAGAAACAAAGCAAAAUGGAAUACAUGAAAAAACUUCCCUGAUACAACGUUUUAAUUCCCAAGCCUCUCUGAAAAAUAUACAAUUGGAGGAGGAGGAUGAAGAAGAAAAACCUGACUCAAAAGAGAAAGAUCUUCCCAGUGUGUCCUUUCUCCAACUUAUGAAGCUAAACAGAUCAGAGUGGCCUUAUAUUCUCCUUGGAAUCUUUGCCGCUGGGGUUAAUGGAGCAAUAAAUCCAUUAUUUUCUAUAUUUUAUGCCAGGGUUAUAGCUGUUUUUGCAUCAAAUGAUCCAGAAAGAAUCCGGCAUGAAAGUACCAUUUACUCAAUUUUAUUUGUAGUCAUUAGUGUGAUCAUUUUGAUCGCAUACACUGUACGGGGUUAUAUGUUUGGGAGAUCUGGAGAAACCCUGACAAUGCGGUUAAGACAUAUGGCCUUCAAAGCAAUGAUACAACAGGACAUUGCGUGGUUUGAUGACAAGGACAACAAUACAGGAGCACUGACGACAAGACUUGCAACAGAUGCUUCUGAGAUUCAGACUGCUACAGGCUCCAGACUCGGUUUAGUGGCAGAAAAUGUGGUUGGCAUCAUUUUGACUGUCGUUAUUGCUUUUGUGUAUGGGUGGGAAAUGUCCCUUCUGGCUAUUGCAAUGGCUCCUUUUGUAGUCAUUGCUGGAAUGCUGGAGUUUACUGCUGUAGCUGGCUUUGCUACUCGGGAUAAGAAGCAGCUGCAGAGGUCUGGAAAGAUUGCAACAGAAGCAGUGGAUAAUAUUCGCACUCUGGUAUCAUUAACCAGGGAAAGGACCUUUGAGGAGAUGUACUCUGAAAGCUUACAGAAACCAUACAGAAAUGCCCAACGUAAAGCACACAUGUAUGGAAUGUGUUUUGCAACCGGUCAGUCAUUCAUGUAUUUCAUUCAUGCAGCAGUUUUCCGCUUUGGGGCAUAUUUGAUCAGAGUUGAACGGAUGAAUGUAGAGGAAGUGUUUCUAGUAUUCAGUGUCAUAACAUUUGGAGCCAUGACACUGGGAAACACAUUAUCCUUUGCACCUGACUAUGCUAAGGCCAUGUCUGCUGCCAGAUAUCUUUUUGCGUUGUUUGAAAGAGAACCGACAAUAGACAGCUUCAGUCAGCAGGGGCAGAAACCGGAAUACUUCUCUGGAUCUUUAGAAUUCCGUAAUGUUUCAUUUAAUUAUCCGACGCGUUCAGACGUUGCAGUGCUUCGAGAUCUAUGCAUUAAAGUAGAAAGUGGGCAAACGGUGGCAUUUGUUGGUAGCAGCGGAUGUGGGAAGAGCACUUCUGUUCAGCUCCUACAGAGGUUCUAUGAUCCGCAGGAAGGAGAAAUGCUGUUGGAUGAUGUGGAUGCCAAAUGCUUCAAUGUCCAAUGGCUUCGUUCUCAAAUGGGAAUUGUGUCCCAAGAGCCUGUCCUGUUUGACUGCAGCAUUGCUGAAAAUAUCGCCUAUGGUGACAACUCCCGCACUGUGUCUAUGGAUGAAAUACAAAGUGCAGCCAAAGCGGCCAAUAUCCACUCAUUCAUACAAGGACUUCCUCUGAAAUAUGAGACUCUGGUUGGAGCAAAGGGAACUCAGCUCUCCGGGGGACAGAAGCAGAGAAUAGCUAUUGCUAGAGCACUCAUCAGGGCACCGAAAAUUCUACUUCUGGAUGAGGCCACUUCCGCACUAGACAAUGAGAGCGAAAAGGUUGUACAGCAAGCUCUUGAUCAGGCCAGGAAAGGAAGGACCUGCAUCCUGAUUGCGCACAGACUGACAACCGUACAGAAUGCUGAUAUUAUUGUGGUUAUGAACAAAGGGAAGAUCAUAGAACAUGGAAGUCACCAAGAGCUGCUCGGCAAACAUGGCGCAUAUUAUGAUCUAGUCAAUGCCCAAGCUAUAAUCUAAUAGAAAUGUAGAGAAAAGUAUUAGUAGGAAUAUAAGCGUACAACUGUACCAGUGACUAUGUUAUAUGUUAGGCUUCAUAUCAGUUAUGUGCCUCUGCCUUUGUAACAACUGCAAGUCAAGUGACUAUUACAAUUUGGAGCCUACAAACAAGGACUAUAAGUGCUGGAUCGCAACCAAUCAGGCAAUCACGUUUCAGUAUUUCAAACUGCACUGGACCAAUGAUAACUAUAAUGUCAGUUACAUUUACAUUUCUAUGUUUUAAAUGAGCAUGUGUUGAUCUGCCCCUAAGUGCCUCUGGAUAUUUCCCUGGUUGCAGGACCCCUGCUGGGCUGAUGCUGUCAUUGCAACAUGGAACCAGAGGGAAACUGUCUAAGAAUACUUGAGAAAAAAAAAGCAUUUUUGCACAUUUUCAACAAUGUAUAGUUACCUCUUAAGGCUAAUGUCCCAUGGAGAGAUUUUGUUGCCUGUGAUCUCUCUAAUCUCUCCAAAAUGCCUUUCGGUAAGGAUACGAAUUACUGGUAGAAAGACCGCAGCAUCGCUUUGGUUUUCCAAAAUCGCACAAAGUUUCCUCCUGCACGCGACUUUGCAUUGUGUCUAUUGUGGGCGACUAGAUCUCUCCAUGGGACAUCUGCCUAAUCUGGUCAUUCUUUUAUGAGAUGCUGCUCAUUUGUUUGUUUUUGAUUUGUGUGUUUAUAUGUUUUAUCUAAUAUUUUUUGGCAUUUCAACAGAAAAACAUUGUUACUAAUAGCCCCUUUGUAUAUACUAACUUUAUUUUCUAUUUGCUUCUUGUUCUCUUCACAGGGAAAACAUUUCAGUUUUAGGUAUAACCUUUUUAUAUAAUAUUUUUUUAAUGUAUUGGAAUUAUUAUUGUUCUGUGUGUGUUUAACACAAUAAAGCCCAUUGCUUUUA